CAAGAAGAAUUCUGUCAGAUUUUACCAUUUAAAGAGUACAUAUUGAUAUGCUAAUACAUCUAGAUAUCAUAUCCGAACAACGGAGAUAUGAUACAAAAACAGGAAGUCGUCUACUAAUAGAAAACUUCUUUGUACCCUGUAUGCUUACCCAAAGAAAUGAUACAGAUUUCUUGAAACAAGAAUGUACACCAGAGAGGACACUAAGUUUGGCCUUUGUUUUCAAAGGAACCAUCAUACCUCCAGCCUUACCAAACCGUCUAAUAUGUGCAUGUCUGAGUAUGUGGACAUUAACAGAAUACCAAGGACGGAAACUUAUGUUUUCUGGGUUUGUUGGGUUAUCAUUUGAUAAAGAGCAUGAUAUUGUUGUCUGUGUAGAAGGAAAUAAGAUCUUACUGCACCUUGUCCACAAGCGCUCCAAGGGCCUGAUAAUACCUGAUAUAGCCACCAGUGUCCGGGAUUGUUUGUUUGUCACUUUGGAGAGAAUAUCUGAAUUUUAUCAGUCAACUAUCCAUUGUAAAGCCAACAACAAGUUACCAUUCCACACUGAGUAUUCCUGCUCAAAAUUAAACUGUUUUACUCCAGAAGAAUAUAUGGUUGUAGAUACAGAGGAAUUUCUUUGCGAACAUGGUGAAAACAUUAAACACAACUGGAGAGUUUGGAAUCAGAAACUGGAACAAAUGCAGUGUGAUCCUAGUUGUCCAGGUUUGAGUGAAUAUUCUUUAGAUCAAAUUCCAAGUAACCCCGAGUUGCUUCGUCUUUCUGGUACUUGUGAGGAAGACUUGAUACAUGAAUUAGCACUUGGUCUUGGAAUGGAAGAGAUAGAUUGGAGAGAUAUUGUCAAGAAUUACACAGGAAAUACACAGAUGGUCAAGUUUUUGACACUUAUUCACUUGAAAGAGAAUUAUUCAAUAUGUUUUGGAGAUCUAGAUAAAAGUUUUCAAGAGAUGAAAUUAACAACACACACAUUAUGCAUGGUCAGGAGAAGAAAACAAGUGAAAUCUAGAAUUUCAGACGAUAUAUUAGAUUGUAUCCCUACAGAUGAAAUUUUAGACAAGCUAGCACCACAGAUUGGAAAAAUGGUUUUUCAACUUGGAACAGAACUCGGAUUGUCCAUAGCGGAUUUAGAAAACAUCGACAAAUGUAGUCCCGAUUUGACAGCCCAAAAUAAGGAAGUGUUAUUUACUUGGAGAAAAGACAGAUCAGUAAAACCUACAAUACGGGUUAUUAAACAAGCUUUAGUUAAUAUAAGAAAAGGUGUACGUUGUUUAGAGGAGGUUGUGAAGAACAUAGAUGCAAAAACAUUAAAAGCUGUGGAAAAAGUUACAGAUAAAAUCAGAGAUAAUGCAGACAGAAUCAUACAGGACAUACAAAUCAGUCAAAUUUUAGAUCAUAUGAUGACACAUCUGGUGAUAUCAGUAGAUGACAGACGCCGUAUUGAAAAACAUGCGGGACAAGAUGAUCAAAACAGAGCAUUGCUGGAUAUUGUGGUUAAAAGAAAAGAACCUGCAUACAGUGUAUUUGUUGAUGGAUUACUUAAUAAUGGAUACGAAGAUAUCGCUAAUGAUUUGGAAUGUGUAACACACGAUAUCAGUCCAAGUCCAACAUUAGUAUCUGCUGAAAAUGAAGGCUUUUCAGUUUGGAAUGUUCCGUUGUAUAAAGUUCGUCUACAAAAGAAUUACCUCAAGGUUAUCACUGAUAUACAACACGAGAGCAUAGUAGAUCAUCUAAUAUCAAGAGAGGUGGUGUCAGUUGAUGAUGGGAAGAAGAUAGAAUCUGGUAAAACACCACAGGAAAAGAACAGGAAUUUAAUGGACAUGCUGUUGCGUAAAAAUGAACAGGGAUUUAAUGAAUUUCUCAAAGCUCUACGAAAAGACUCAAUUUAUGCAGAUCUAGCAGAGCAAAUAGAAAAGACAGAAGUUACUAGCACAGAUAUGGCAACUCUUCAUAAAUGCUUCAAAUAAAAUAAAAGUAAUUUCUUUCAGAAAAAACAGCUAGGAAAACCAUCAGUUAACAAUUAAUAGAAGGAAGUAUUGUCAAUCCCAGGCAUUACGAUUUGGUCACUUCAAUAAUCCACUGUAAAUUCAAAAAUUAUUGCGUGCAUUUAUUAUUGCCUUUUUUUACAAAAAAAAAGCGAUAGUAAUUAUUACAAUGUCAAAAGAAUCUUUAUACUAAUAUAUGUAUCAGUUUAAGAAUGUGAGUUCUUAUUAAUGCGAUACUCACUCAGUCGCAUUUUUCGCAUUAAUAAAAACCUCAAAAUAAUUUCUGAAUUUACAGUAUGUGAAUGAAUCACAAUGUAAUAGUGAUAACAAUCUUUUAUCUUAAACAUAUUUCAUGUGAGUGUCAUGCAUGGCAAGGAAAAAGCUAUAAUAUGUACUAACCCCUUUUAUGAGAGUUGAUUCCUACAAUCCCAAUAUCAAUUUGACGUGGCUCAGUAGUUAUACAGCCCGUCAUUUUGUUAUUGUGCUAUGGUAAAUUUUUGUAUUCUCGCUUUCGUUUUUGCAAAUAUGCUUUGUCUAUAUGCCUUUUUGAUUUUUUUAUAAUGAUUAAGACUAUAACACAAUGUUUACUGCUGUAUCCUUAUUUUUGACAAUGUUACCUAUUAUGUCUACUUACUUUGUUCACACACUGGCGCCAAUUUAAUGGAAUUUAAUGCGACUUUUAUACAAGUGAGAGGUUUAACUAGCUAUAAACCAGGUUCAGUAUACCAUUUUCGACAUAAGCAAAUGUUUGUACAAAAAUAGGAAUUUAAAAGUUGUUAUCCAUUCAUGUAGCGUGUUUGAGCACAUACGUCUAGAUGAACAAACCUUCGUGUUUUUGAUAAUACAUAAUUUUGUAAACAGAUAAUUUGCACACGUGAUAUGUCAUAACUACUGCGCUGGUUAUACCCGUUAGAACGUAACAACCGCCAGUAGUUGCAUCAACCCGUUGAUUGUAAAAACUCGUAAACUAUACUUAAUUUGUUAUGCUGGUGGGUAAACCAGCUGUGUUUAGAAAUCAAUUAAAUUUAAACUUAUCAUCAUUUGUAAAGUUACUUUUUUUUUGUAUAGUUAAAUAAUACCAUUUACAUGUUGGACAGAGAUCAACUGAUGAACUGCUAGAUUGAAAUUGUUUGUAAAUAAAUGGCUAUUAUUAUGUCUUUCUUUCUGUAAUGUGUAUACAAGUAUCAGUCUAUAUUUGUAAUUCCCCAUUUACAAAUAAAGGUUGCAUUUCUGUAAAUAUAAACAGUGAGAGUGUAAUUUCUCAGUAAGCAGGACAGUGUGAUUUUUUAGUAAACAGGACAGUGUAAUUUCUCAUUAAACAGGACAGUGUGAUUUCUCAGUAAACAGGACAGUGUGAUUUCUCAGUAAACAUGACAGUGUAAUUUCUCAUUAAACAGGACAGUGUGAUUUCUCAGUAAACAGGACAGUGUAAUUUCUCAGCUUCUUUUACAGCUUUAACUGUACCAUGUUUACACUGAAGUUUCGUACGAAUUUGUAUCCAAGAAUGGAAAGUUCAUUAGCACUUUUUUUUUCAAAGGUCAAAACGUAAGUCUGUGCAGCAUGUUUUCAACAAUUAUAUACCUCAAACUUAUAAGAGUUUAAACUGAUACACAAAUUAUGUACUUUCUCACCCUUCACGUUUGGUCAUACUCAGAAUUUAGUUUGGCAGCUACACAUGUGUAUUUAUACUUAAAAAUUCCCCAGGUGUGUAGCUGAACUAUGGAGAUCAUACCAGUAAAUAAACUAAACAUAAAAUAUAUAAAUAUCUUCCCUAGAUACAAUCUUGUCCUUCAUGCAUUUCUUAUGGGGGUGUCCGAGUGAUUAUAUAGUCUAAUGGAUACUAAAGUAUGCACAUAUAAAAAAACUAAAUCAGAGACCGAAUAUUGUCCUUCAUGCAUUUCUAAAAACAUGACAGCAGCUAAUUUAAAUGUAAGCUUGUAAAUAAAAAUGUCUCUUCAUCAAUAAGGUUUUGAACAAAAAUGCAUGUAAUGCAUAUUCACCAUUUCCUUUCUCAAUUUUAUCUGUUCUAUCAAAUGAAAUAAUGGUUAUGCCCCACGUAUGAUAUUAGAGGGCCAUUAUGUGUUCUGGUCUGUGUCUUCGUUCGUUCGUUCGUCCGUCUGUGCGUCCGUUCGCUUCAGGUUAAAGUUUUUGGUGAAGAUAGUUUUUGAAGAAGUUGAAGUCCAAUUAACUUGACACAUAGUACACAUGUUCCCCAUGAUAUGCUAUUUCUAAUUUGCAUGCCAAAUUAUAGUUUUGACCCCAAUGUCAUGGUCCACUGAACAUAGAAAAUAGUGUAAAGUUCAGGUUAAAGUUUUUGGUCAAGGUAGUUUUUCAUGAAGUUAAAGUUACAUUAAUUUGAAACUUAGUACACAUGUUCCCUUUGAUAUGAUCUUUCUAAUUUUAAUGCCAAAUUAAAGUUUUGACCCCAUUUUCACGGUCCACUGAACAUGGACUAUGGACACGUUCUUGUUCAUUCAUCAGAAAAACGGAAUUUGAAUUCAGUGAUAAUUGUUUGGUUAUAUUAUAUAAUCAAAUAUUUGAAAGUGUUUGAGAACAUAUCACAAAACAUUUAUGGACUUACAAAUUGUGCGUCUCUACGGUUAUCUACACCAUGUGUUGUUUCUUUGUGUUUAAGCGUAAUGCUAUACAACUUUCUGUUUGAUUCGCCCUUUUAACAUUUUUAUUAUACUCAAUAAUAUUCAAUAGAGAUUAGAUUUUGUGAGGCCCCUCAUGGGGGUGUCCGAGUGAUCAUAUAAUCAUAUUUUUUUUAACAAUAUAAUCACAGAAUCAUUAAUUGUUUUUCUAAACAAGAUAAUCAAAUAAUCAAAAAUACAGUUCUAGAUAAUUAAAUAAUCAUAAAAUAUUUGGUCUUGUAACCGAAUAACCAAAUAACCAUUAUUAAAACAGCUGAAUAAAGAAAUACUCAAUAACCCCACGAGGAGGCUUUAUGUCGGAUAUGAUUUUACAAUAAUAAUAAUAGUAUGAUUUCAUGCUUGAUAUUUUUUUCCUUGCACUCAAGCACCCCAAAUGUGUACUAUAAAAUCUUAUGCCAGAUGUGUCAUCAAUUUGUCAGCCUUUUUCAUUGCUUAUACAUUUUGCCUUCAAACAGUAAUCUAUAAAUUAAUACUACUGUUUUAUUUUAAAUAUAUAGAAACUUUGUUAUUUACAAAUAAUUAUGAUAUGAUACAGUUGUGUUUUGUUGUUGAUGUUAUUAUUGUAGCACAUUGUGUGUAAGAACUGUCUUGUGUUUGUAUAUAUGUAUAAACUGUUUGUGCAUUCUA